GUUAUUCUAUGCAGUUUUCUGAUAGCGAACGAACUAAAGUUGCCAAAAUACAAAAUUAGAACUUCUGUCAAAUUUCGUGUAUCAUUUCAUUCACACUUUAAAUGUAUUGAAUAAAAACUGAUUUUUUUAAGGCUAUCAAAAUUUGCAGUUUAAGUUCGGAGAUAUCAGAAUGCAAAACUGUGACACCGUUUCCUUUUCUAAAAAUGAAAGCGAUGAGAACGAAGACGAAGGUUCUGAUACUACAAAAUCACAAAAUAGUUUUAUUUCCCGACUUCCACCACCAGAGCUCAAUAGUACAAAGUCAAAGCCAAGAAUAUUUUGUUGGCAUUCCAAUAGUUGGAAAGAAGAUAUUGACCUCCUUGAUCCUUGCCCAUCCCAGGAUUUCCUUCAAGAGAAGAUCAAUCUUGACAGUAACAUCAUCACCCAUGAACCGACUCUUCCUCCUGACACAUGGCUACUGUAUGGUCCAUUAGGAUCCCGUAAUGCCGUCUUAGUGUUCAAAAGUUCAGCGCUGGCACAUACCACUGAACUAUCGAUCAGGGAAAAACCCGCGUACAAGCUUCAUAUAACGUACAAAGUGCUUCAAGCUGAAACAAAGUUACUAUCAAAGCUGUUAGACUGCCAUGGCGUUACUGAGGUCGCAGCUAAUUCGUCUGAUUUCAAUUUGUUAUGGACUGGGUCACACUUGAAACCAGGUUUGUUGAGAAGCUUAGGACCUCAUCAGAGAGUGAAUCAUUUCCCUAGAUCUUAUGAAUUGACAAGGAAGGAUAGAUUGUAUAAAAAUAUUGAAAAAAUGCAAUAUGCCAAAGGGGUUAAAAAUUUCGAUUUCAUUCCUCAAACUUUUGUGAUGCCUACUGAAUACCGAGAAUUGUGUCAGGUUCAUAAUCGAAUUAAAGGGCCUUGGAUUGUGAAACCUGUCGCAUCAAGUAGGGGUAGAGGUAUAUUUAUCGUUGAAACACCAAAUCAAGUGCCUCUGGAAGAACCAGUUGUUGUGGCAAAAUAUAUAUCAAAUCCUUUACUAGUUGCUGGUCAUAAAUGUGACCUGAGAUUAUAUGUUGUUGUAACAUCUUUUGAUCCUCUCUUGGUCUAUAUAUAUGAAGAGGGUUUAGUUAGGUUUGCAACUGUGAAAUACGAUCCUAGUCCUAAACAGUUGUGGAACCCAUGUAUGCAUCUCUGUAAUUACAGUAUAAACAAAUAUCAUAGUGAUUAUGUCAAAUCCGACGACCCAAGUGCCGAAAACGUAGGACAUAAGUGGACCUUGAGCGCAUUGCUCAGACAUUUGAAAUCGGAAGGAAAAGACACAAAGUACCUGAUGCUGCAAAUAGAAGAUUUAGUGAUUAAAGCAAUACUAGCUUCGGCAAAUUCUAUCGUUUCAGCGUGUCGAAUGUUUGUACCUAAUCCCAGUAACUGUUUCGAGUUGUACGGCUUCGAUAUUUUAAUUGACGAUAAUUUUAAACCUUGGCUCCUGGAGGUGAAUCUUUCCCCAUCUCUAGGAUGCGACAGUCCGUUAGAUGUACGAUUGAAAUCUGCGAUGAUGGCGGAUCUCUUGACUUUGGUUGGUAUUCCAGCGGUAGACCCAAUUUUACGAUCUGGUAGUGCCGGGGGUGCCUCUUCCAGAAAUGGUUCUUAUAAUAGGAUGAAAUUUCCUCAUUGUCGACAGGUACAUUCUGCAGAGGGAUUGAACAAUACUUUACCGAGAAAAAGGAGUUCAUAUUCUAGUCAAAAUAGUAGAUUAUCAGGUAGCAACUUGACCUUGUCUUCGGAGGAACUUCGUUAUGUGAAGAUGUCUAAACAGCAGUUUGAUAGGAGGGGUGGAUUUGUCAGAAUAUUUCCAACAAUGGAUACAUGGUCAAAGUAUUCGCAGUAUCUGGAUCCUAUUUCAGGAGUACCCAUUUCAGGAACCCAUUUUCAGAACGUUUAUGCAUUAUCCAAUUCUUCCCAAAAUUUGAAUCUAGUCAUUUUCACUCAGCUUUUCCCGGAGAUUCCCGUUAUUCCCAAGAGUAGCGAGAAAACUCAGGGUAGAUACAGUUCUCUGGACAGAAAAAAAAUCUGCCAUGAGAAUACGUCCAAACCAAAGCAGGGUGGAUCAUCACAAAUAGCAAGACAAGAUAGGUAUGAAAGAAUGCUUACCCAAGGACACAGGUCUGCCCUUGGGCCAUCUCGACUGAAAGAUAGUAAAUGUGCAGAGCUCAGGAAAGAAAUUAUCGGUUUAUUGAAAGAUGGUAAACGAAUGUCUCAACGUGAGACCAGGAAAACAUUCAGUCAUUAUCUGGAAUGGAUUCUUCAUAGAAUUUCUACCGAUCCAAAUCAGGAGGAACAUGUUGAAAUUGUGCUCAAAUUUUUGCAGAAAGCAUCAAAUUACUUAAGAUCACCAUUCUCAAUUAAGAUACCUAGUGUAAAAUUGGGUGGAAAAGAUAGAGCAGCUAUAAUAGCAAAGCAAUUCAAUGAUUUCAUUUAUCUUUAUAAUAAAGAAACUGAAUAUUUUGUUGACAAAACGGAGUAUCCAAGCCAGAUUCCAGAGAAGCUGUAUGAUAAGUUUUUGGCCAACGCAAGGGAGUGUGACUUAGAGGAGGUAUUAAUUUACCAAACAACACAUACUGUACCCCAAGGCAUAAAACAGGGUAUACAAGGUCUUCUGAAAAAUAUUCCAAACGUUCCGAAACAAUCAUCCAGCAAGAACGAGAAAAUUGCACCAGCACAAACGUAAAAAUGAGCGUUUUUAAUGCUAAUUUCAUAAUUGGAAAACUUCUAAAUGUGGAAUGAAGAGGGAUUUAAGAUUUUUUCACUUGAUAUAUUUAAUUAUUAUGCACAAAUGUUUUCCAGUUUUUCCAGAUAGGCCUAGAAUAGUUUGAAUUAAAACUUUGACAAUGAAUUCAUCAUUCUGUGUUUGUGAGAAAAUUAUGUGUUUUUGUCAGAUCAUCAAUUUGAAGAAUCCAAUUUGUCGAUUUAAAGUCCUGCUGAUGUUGAGAGCUGCUGUGACCAAAUAGGUUGUGAUAUAAAAUAGAGUACUCAGUUUACAUAAGUAUUAUUUAUUUGCGUUGAUUUCAUGAAAAAUUUUAUCUUGUUUUUUUUAUAUGAAAUGGUGUUUUCACAUUAUUAUUAUCUCAAUAUAUCGACAAUCUUUCUUCCAUAGCUCAUGCAAGUGAGGCAAAUCCUUAGAAUUGCAAAGAUAUUUCUCAACAGAAAGUUUUCCGCCCUGAACAAAAAAACACUAUCAAAAAGUGUUUUAUACUAAAUAGAAUCAUUGUUGAAGUCAAGCAGGUUUUUAUGAAAAUGACACUUGAGUGGACUAUCCUGAAAUCAUCCGCUCACUUUUUAGAGCAAUUUUAGAUCAAGAAUUUUAAAAAUAUGAUUAGAACUUUCAAUUUGAGUUCUAAUAGUGGUUAUAUAUAUCUUUACAAGUCAAGGCCUCAUCCCAUGUGAUAUUUUGUAUGGAAUACCGUCAUGUUUUCAUAAUUUAUGAUUAAUUCAUAAAACCGCUUCAAGCUCGAAAAUAUAUAUCAAAGCUUUUUCAAUAAUUGUUUCAAAGCAGUAAAUGUCUAGUUAAGGGUGAUGAAAAAUCCUUCUAAUCAAUAUUUCUCAUUAAAUAUAAGUUUUGAUAAAUUUUGUAGCAAGAAACAAAUUAUAUAUUUUCAAAAGAUUUUCUGCUCGAAAUAUGCUUCAAAAAAAUGUUAGUCAUUAGCGGAAAUUCAAUAUUUGUAAAUUUAUUGGUGGAUGAUACUUAAAGGGGAUAAUUUUUCAUCAUGAUCUCUGAAAUUUCAAGUUCAGUCAAUAAUCAUUGAUAUUAGUAGAAUUGACUUAAAUUUUAGGACAAAAGACAGUAUGUUGAAUAAUUUUUUCACCUAUCUAGUCAGAUGGUACCUAUUUUUUAUAUUUAUACAAUAUUUAUAUCUGUUGUAAGUUGCUAUUGGAAGAUUCUUCAAUCUAUGUGCUAUAAGCUUGAAAUUUGAAUAAUGAACUAUUUGUGAAAUUCAUGUUUUUUUCUUGAAUACAUCACUUUUUGUGAAGCAAUAAUUUUUUUUUAAAGCUUGUGGUUUAGGCUGAAUGAACAAUCAAAUAAAAAUAUUACUAAUUGA